UACACAGAACACAGAGCGUGUGGCACAGUUAGAUAUACAGUUUUAGCCAUGGCGAGCAAGGAGGACAGUGAUGCAGGAGUUCCCAUGACAGAGUUACAUUGUCAAGGAGGUGACAGAAGUGAAUCCACACCACAGAGAGAAUCAUGGAGCAGACAUUUGGACUACAUGCUGACAAUGAUUGGCUACUGUGUUGCAUUAGGAAACCUGCUGAGGUUCCCCUACAUUUGCAACAGGAACGGUGGAGGAGCUUUCCUCAUCCCCUUUGUCUUGAUCCUGGCCAUCGCUGGGUUCCCCUCAUUCUUCGUGGAGGCGACCAUCUCGCAGUUCUCGGGAAAGGCUGCCAAACAAGUCUGGAGCUUCUGUCCUAUGUUUAAAGGAGUUGGUGUUGGCGCUGUUGUGGUUGCAUUCGCGUACAUGCCCUAUUACAACCUGUAUCUGGCCUGGCCCAUCUACUACAUGGUGAAGUCCUGCUCCAGCGUCCUGCCCUGGACAACUUGUGGCAACAGCUGGAACACCGACCUGUGUAUUGACUACGGGAAUACAACGUAUAGCAGAAACAAGACAGCCCUUGCAGGGAAUACGUCAUAUACCAUCACCAAAUCUGAAAAGUGGGAAAAUGUGACUCUAGCUCACACACCUGCGGAAGAGUUUUGGCAUCUAUGGCCUGCACUUAUCACCUCACCUACCCUCUAUUUUUCUUUCAGCUACAAUGUCUUGGGUGUCUCAACAGGCUUGGAGGAUGUUGGGUCUGUACAGUGGCACAUAGUUGGAUGUCUCUUGUUUUCAACUGUCAUAAUCUUUAUAUGUCUUAUUCGUGGAGUCAAGUCUGUUGGUAAGGCUGUGUACGUGACUGCGCUGCUGCCGUACGUCCUCCUCAUCUCCAUCUGCAUCACGACGCUGUUGCAACCAGGUGCUCUAGAUGGCGUGUAUUACUUUUUCAUACCCGACUUCAACAAACUACUUGAUAUACAGGUGUGGCUGGAAGCAUGUUUGCAAGCGUUUUAUUCACUGGGAGUUGGCCAAGGGAUGAUUGGCACUGCUGCCAGCUACAACAACUUUCAUGAACCAUGCCUGCGAGAUAGUAUCAUAUUGACGAUUAUCUCUGAAGGAACCAGUAUCUUCUCUGGCCUGGUGACGUUUGCUGCUCUCGGGGUCAUGUCACAUAAAACGGGUGUUCCCAUUGAAACUGUUGUCUCAGGGGGUCCAGGAUUGGGAUUUGUGACCUAUCCUGACGCCCUCACACAACUACCGGUCCCUCAGCUGUGGUCAUUCAUGUUCUUUCUGAUGUUGUUCAUGGUUGGUUUGGAUACACAGUUCCUGAGUACUGAAGUCGUUAUUACUGCCCUGAUUGACCAGUAUCCGCAGCAGCUGAGCAAGAAGAGGAUGUUUCUAACAGGAGGAUGCUGCCUGACAGUAUUUCUGAUUGGACUCAUCUUCUGUACCCAGGGAGGGCCGUACAUGUUUCAGCUUGUAGACUGGUAUGUAUUCUCCCUCGGGCCAAUGGUGAUAUGUACACUGGAGUGUGUUGUCGUGUCGUGGAUAUAUGGUAUAAGACGAAUUAGUAAAGACGUUGAGAUGAUGAUUGGCAAGCCACUGCCGAUGCCUGUAAAGGUCCUCUGGGCUCUGAUAACACCGUCAAUCUUGAUAAUCACUUUCAUCUUGACACUUCUCCGCUAUCAGCCACCAACCUACGGCAAGUACAAGUUUCCUAACUAUGCUUCUACAAUCGGCUGGAUUAUUGCAGUGCUGCCCCUUCUACCAAUACCUGUCUACAUGGUCCUGACUGUCAGGAAGCACAUGGCGACCAAUUCUCUGAAGAAGAGUGUACGUCUUGCCUUGAGACCUGAUGAUGAAUGGCAACCUGCGAAAUCCAGAAACCGGCAGGAUUCCAUUGAUGAGUCCACAACAUAA